AUGGCUCAAACCGAUAAGGAUGGCAUUUCCAAUAAUGAAGAUGAAGAGCAAUUCUAUGAGAACUUGGAUGAAUUACGUGAGCUUAUAGGAGAUGAUCAUUCGGGAAAACGCAAUGAUGCUAAGGAAAGUAACUUAGCCGAUGAGUUUUCUGACAUGGAAGGACAUGAAGACGACAUGAUUGAUGAAGAACUAACAGCCUUGGAAGGCAAGGAAUUUAGUGAAGGUACCGGAGGGAUGGGAGGACACGAUGAAUUUGCGUACCGCGAUGACGAUGACUUGCUCGCAGAGUUUUCGGAUUAUGGAGAUUUCUCGGAUGAUGAAUACGAUGAACAAGACUUUAUGGAUGCAAUCCGAGAAGCGAAUAACUUCAAGGUUAAGCGUAAAGGUCGAAACAAAAAGAAAGCAACAGGAAAAGUGACUACACCAAAAAUGAGAAAGGAUCGAAUAGUUGAUCCUGAAGUUGCUCAGUUACUCUCAGAGGCCAAUGAGGCAUUUGUGAGAACUGAUAUUCAAGUCGCGGAACAGCUAUAUAAUGAGGUUAUUAAAAAAGACGUUAAAAACUUCGCGGCAUACAAGACUCUCGGUGAUAUUUACCAGCUACAGGAGCGAUACAAUGACUGUUGUAACUCCUGGUUUCUCGCAGCCCAUUUAAACUCAUCAGAUUGGGAGUUUUGGAAAGUCGUUGCUACACUGUCUGCUGAUCUAGGCCACAUACGUCAAGCUAUUUACUGUUAUACUCGGGCUAUCCGCAUGAACAAUGAAGAAUGGGAGUGCAUAUACAAUCGAUCGAUCUUAUACAAAAAAACUGGACAGCUUGGCAGGGCCUUAGAAGGAUUUCAGAAACUCUACAGUAAUGAUCCUUAUGAUGCCAACAUCCUUCGCGAGCUCGCUGUUCUCUACGUGGAGUAUAAUAGGAUCAAUGAAGCGAUUGCACUUUACGUAAAAGUUUUUGAGGCUAAUAUCGAAAGGAGAAAUGCGAUAGUUGCAGCUUCAGAAAAUGCGGUUGAAUCAUCCGAGGACGAACAGGAUGAUUCUGAGGGGGAGAGUGAUCAAGAUUAUGAGGAAGAUGACGACGAGGUACAAUACUAUUCUAAUGCUUCUAUGAAAAAGACUCUUAGAAAAUAUAGAUGCAUUAAAUUUGACUGGUCAUCUCUGAACAUUCUCGCAGAGCUUUUUCUAAAGCAAGCAGGUGAAAACAGCGGCAUAAAAACGAUUAAAAGGUGUGCGCGUUGGAUACAGCAUAGAGAAAUGCAAACAUUUUGGGAUGAUAUAUCGGAUGAUUCUGAGUUUGAUAAAAGACGAUUCAGAAACAGCCGCUAUGAUGCACUUUCGGUCGAAGAAAAAGAAAAAUCUUACAUUUUACCAAUUGAUAUCCGCAUCAGAUUAGGCCUCCUUAGGCUAAAUAACAAGCACGUUUUAGAAGCGAUGAACCACUUUCAAUUUCUUUAUGAUGAAGUAUUCGUCGAUAUUGCAGACCUAUAUUUCGAAGUUGCAGUGGCUUUAACCAAGGCAGAAAAAUAUCAAGAAGCCAUUGAGUUCUUUACACCGUUAUUGAAUUUGGAUGACUAUCGCACAAUAGAUGUCUAUAAACCUUUGAGCAAAUGCUACAAAGAAGUUGAGGACUAUUCAAAAGCUCGGCAAGCAUUUGAAAAGCUUGUGCAGUUAAAACCCGAGGACCUAGAAACUAAACUAACCCUUGCCGAAAUAAACUAUCAUCUGGGAAACCAUGAUACAUUUAACAAGUUGUUACUGGAAGUUGUGGAAACAAGAAAACAACAGGCAUCAGAAUCCCGUGCGAAGUUAACUGAUGAUCAUUUACAGAGCUCUGAGUCGAUGAAUGAUUCAAUUCGAGUAGAGAAAGGAAAGCCACUUCUAGAAGAUAUUCAUACGAAGAAAGCAUCCGUUAAGAAAAAGCGCACGCCUCAAGAUGCGGAAAAAGAGAAGAGAGAUCGUGAAAGAAGAAUCACGGCAAAAGUGCUAGAUAAAUAUAACAAACUAAAAAUAUACAAGGAAGGUAUGGAAGCUGGGGAGGAGAACCAAACAACUCUAUGGAUUGAUACGGCAUCGGAUCUUAUUGAUGUUUUCUCUAGUGUCAAGAAUUUCUUUGUAAAGAGUCGAUCUAAGAAAUUCGUUGGUAUAAUAAAACGGACUAGAAAAUUCAACAAAGUAAUCGAUUAUAAAAUUGAAAGACUUUCAAAACUAUCUGAGGGUGAUAAUCUACUGGAUGGACUUCCACUCAUGGAGGAAAGGGUAAUUCUAACUUCUGCAACAGAACUAAGAGGGCUUACAUACGAUCAGUGGUUCGAGUUGUUUAUGGAGCUUGCAUUGACAAUUACCAAACUUCAGAGUGUUGAGGAUGGUCUAAGUAUAAUUGAAACGGCUCAAGAAGUCAAUGUCUUUGUUCAAGAUCCUGGUCGAGUAAAGAUGAUGAAAUUUGUCAAACUUGCAAUUGUUCUUCAGAUGGAAGAUGAGGGUGAAUUAGUUGAUAACUUGCGUGGAAUUUUGAACCAAUUUCAAUUCAACAGGAAAGUAUUGCACAAUUUCAUGUACUGUGUUACUAGAGGACAAAUGUCUUUAGACGUAUUAAGCUCUACUGUUCAACAAAAGUUUUUUCUAAGACAACUCAAAGCCUAUGACAGUGUACGUUAUGAGCAACAUAUUGCUGGACAAGCAUCUGUUACAAACAAAAAAGUCUUUAAUCCAGACGGGGAAAUUUCACCGUACCUUUACUAUAUUUAUGCUGUGUUGCUAUAUUCUAGCAAGGGGUUCCUUUUAGCACUACAAUAUCUCAGAAGACUAAAGCCACAUCUUUCCGAAGACCCUAUGCUUAAUUUCUUGAUGGGCUUGGCACACUUACAUCGAUCCAUGCAAAGGUUGACUGCUAGCAGGCAUUUUCAAAUUUUACAAGGACUGCGGUAUUUGUAUCAGUAUUACGAUAUUCGAUCAAAAAAAUACACGGCAAAAGAGAAGCAAGAGGCGGACUAUAAUAUUGGAAGGGCCUUUCACCUUCUGGGAUUGUUUUCUUUGGCUAUUAAGUACUACCGAAGAGUUUUACAUGAAUACAGUGACGUUAUGCUGAAAAAACACGCAGCUUAUAAUUCGAUAUUGAUCUAUAAUGAGAGCGGAAACUCUGAAUUGGCAAAUUCCCUAAUGGAAAAGUAUUUAAGUAUCUAA